AAAUACGCAAUUGCACCAACGGCGCUUAAUUUGCCGCCAAUCAAAAAUUUCAAAGAUUAAAAUUAUUUUUCUCGUAUUCUGCAAAUCUUCUGUAUUCCUCAAUGCCUACACCAUUUCGAGAUCUUCAUAACAAAAGUAAUGCUUCAGCGUCAUCGUACGAAACAGCAUGGAGUUCCAGCUUCAGCAGUCGAAGAUCAACUAAUAAUGAUAGCAAAUCCAACUUAAAAGAAAUUAAAGAUGAGCCAAUAUCAAAUCUCGACGAAAGCAUUUCAAUUCUAGAAAAUAAUAUAUCCAUGAUGUCAGUUAGCUCUCCAACACCAGCCUAUAGAACGCCUGCAAGAGUCAUUGCAAGAGAAGCUCCAAUGACUCCUGGUGAUAGAUUACUUCAGAAAAUUGAAAAAGAAGAUGAGAGAGAUAUGCUUCGACAGUUAUAUCCGGAAAUGUUUGAUUCCAACCAGAAACCACGUCAGAAACCAAAAGAAGUCAAAAAAGCAUUGAAAGUGGAGUCAUUGUCAGAUUAUGAGAAUGAUGACAAGGAAAAUGUUCCUCCGUGUGGAAAACCUUCGAAGGAAAAAGAAGAAAAGAAACAACGAACAAAGAAAAUAGUUAUUUCAUCCGAUUCAGAAGAUGAUGGAAACUUUGAAAACUAUCUCAAAACUCUCCGAGAAAAGCCAACGGAGCCAGCUAAACCAGAGAGAAAAAUUCCAGUUAAAAAAGAUUUUGUAGUUGAUGAUGAUUAUAUAAGCGAAGAAAGUUCAGAAGAAGAAUCUGAAGAAGAGGAAGAAGAUGUCGACGAUGAAGAAUAUCGAGAAUCAAGUCCAGAAGUUGAAGCGAAGAUUAGCUAUUCUGAUAGAAAACAGAAGAAGCGACCAACUGACGAAGAAGAAUGGUUUCUUCUGUCAUUGAGUGAGAAGUUCUCAGGACCAAUACACGAAGAUGCCAAGGUGUAUAUCAAGGAAACAUCUCUACGUUAUAAAAAGCAUCGCGAAUCCCUUCUCACACGUCUUCAAGACAUCCUGGUUCGCCGAAUCUUUUCAGCAAUUCCAUCGGAAAAGCUGAAAGUCAUAUGGAACGCACGCCUUCGAAAAUCAGCUGGCCAAUGCAGAAAUCAUUCAAAUGGAAACAGCACUGUCGAAAUGUCACCAGUAGUAUGUACAACUGCUGAACGAGUACGAGAUACACUGAUCCAUGAACUGUGUCAUGCAGCAACAUGGGUGGUCGACAGGCUUCAUAAAGAAGGUCAUGGCCCAGGAUGGAAGAGAUGGGGAGCUCGAUGCUCUUCGGUGUUCAAGUCACUUCCAUUUAUUGAAAGAUGUCAUAGUUAUGAGAUUGAGGCAAAGUUCUUCUAUGUUUGUGAGAAAGAUGGAUGUGAUGUAGAAAUAAAGCGUCAAUCGAAAUCUCUCGACACCUCACGAAAAGCGUGCGGAAGAUGUUUUGGCAGAUUCAUUCUCUACCGUUAUUGCCGCCGAACGAAUACUCGAAUCCGUAUUGAAGAUCCUAAAGCCAAGCCGGUUGGUCCAAUUCUUUCCAAUUCCUCAAAGCCAUCUCCACCAGCUCCUCGUCGUAUUGUCAGUGAGCAUCCAGAAGGCUUCAAGGAAUAUUCUGAAGAACACUAUUGGAAAUACACUGCACAAGGACUAAAACAUUCGGAUGUGAUGGGGAAAUUACUAAAAGAAUUCAAGGAGCUCAAACAAUUAUAAAUUAUUGCUAUCAUUUAUCCGUGCCAUGUGCCAUUUAUCAAAAUUUAGUUUGAAUUAAUCUACGUCAGAUUUCUGGAUCUUAUCGAAAGAUUCCCGAUUGUGAUCAAAGUAUUUGAUUUUUUCAGAAUUUCUUUGUGUUCUUUCUUCAAAUCAAAUUCAUCUCCAAGAGAUUUAAUUUGAUUAAUACUCAAUAAAUAUAUAUUUAUUUCA